AUGCUUCUAAUCAAUAAUUUUAAUCAAUGUGUAGCUUUCAAUAAUGUUCACAAUAAGAAUUCGAGUCACCACCACCAUCAUUAUCAUCGCGAAAAAGCAUUCGAUGGUACAGCUAACAAUGUACUUUCGUUAGUUCUCCCUCAUGACACAUAUCCCGGCUAUAGCAUUAAGAAAUUUACGGCGAAUUUUACAUCGCCGGACUCGCCAUAUUCAUCGUUGACAUCAUAUGCAUCGAAGCCCAUCAAUUAUCGACUACUUGAGACGGGAUUUUCAAAAUAUUUUACAGUUUUAGAAGAUGGAAUGGUGAUGACAACAUCUGACUUAACACCUUUGGUCAAUCGGCCUGUUCAUUUGGUGGUGUUGGAAGAAACACCACUUUCAACAACGACUCAUCACCUUCAAUUACACAUUAUGGAUCGAAAGGACAUGUUACGUUUUCCUGGUGCAAUUUUGGAAACUGUUGGUGAAGUUAUGGAGAACUUGAAACGCGGCGCAAAGGUUAAAAAUGUUCCAUUGCUCCAAGCAAACUCAAUUAAGCCAUCAAAAGAAAUCAUUUAUAAAAUCGUUAGUGGCAACGACAACAAAGCCUUCGCACUUCAAAACAGCAAAACAAAUGAAAUAAGUGAAGAGAUUAAAAUCAAAGAUACGAAAAAUGUUGGUGUUUGGCUUGUCACAAACAAACCAUUGGAUCGUGAAGUGAAAAGCGAAUAUAAUCUUGUCAUUGAAGGCUCUGAUGAUGAGAGAAUCAAUAAAGUUGAUGCCAAGAUUACCGUUCACAUUCUCGAUGACAACGAUAAUCGGCCAUUGUUCAUUGAGUCGCAAUAUCGCUUUGUUGUCGUUGGUAAGAAAUCUGUUGAUGCGGAUGGAAAUACAACAGUGACGUACGAACGUUUUACGAAAAUUGGAAAGGUUCAAGCGAAGGAUGCUGAUGGUGACAAAGUAGCUUAUAAAUUGACAAGUCCAAGUAAUUAUGUCAUUAUUGUUCCACAAACUGGCGAGUUGGUUUUGGCUGGUGAACCAGAAAAGCAUGAAUUGCUACUUGAAGUUGAAGCUCAUGAUUUACGUACACCAAGUUUAACGAGUGAACAUCCAACGAAAGUGUUGAUUGAAUUUGCACCACCAGAAGUUGCAGCGAUCACUGUUCAACAUUUAGCUCAUGAGGAACAGCAUCCACAUCAUCGACGACAAAAACGAAGCACAACGCGUGCCAUUCGUCCGUCGAAACUUAUCGAUUUCGAUGAAGUUGAUGGCGAUGUCGAAGGUUUUAAUUUAUUCCGUUUGGAGAAGCAAAAUGAACGUGAAACAUUUGAAUUACGCGAUGAUAAUCCGUGGGUGUCAAUUGAACCAAAUGGUGAUGUUUGUGUUAAAAAGAAGUGGAAUGUUUCGGAACUUGGUGCGAUGAAGACAAUUGAUUUUUGGGUUAUCAUCUCAAGUCAAGGACAUAACGAAUCGGAUUUGAACAAGCAAUCAAAAGAGAGAAGAGACAGUUAA